AUGAAUGCAAUCCUAGCUCAGUUACGGGCCGUACUAAGAAUUCGGGACGCCUACAUUUAUUCGGACUCCGAAAUUGUGCUGAGCUGGAUCAAGCGUCAGCCACUGGCCAACGUGGGAGUGAGAAUUUUCAACCGUCUGAUGGAAAUUGGGAAAGUUACUCGACACCUUCAAAACGAAGGAGUAAAAAACGAAUUGAGGUUCCUUAUCCACUAG